GAUAAGCCUCCAGCCAGUAAGAGAGCUCGCACGAUUAUUAUUUCCAGUCCAUGAGCUCCGGAACUAAGUCUGUCGCUGGCAGAUAAGCCGGCAGACGCUGCCACUGCUGGGCGUGUGGCACGCGUGAUCGAGGCGCGAAGAAAUCGAAAAGUGCAGGCAGUCGUGAAAUGAGCGAUCGCACGCAUGCGCGCCUUCAGCCGAGGGACGCCAUCGCCACGCUCAGCGCAGGAUAUAAAGUUAGAGUGGCGAACCGAUCGGUUUCCAGUACAGGAUGACACUUUCGCUCGACCGUCCUUUGUGUGCCCCAUGCGACGACUUAGCAUUCGUUAGACGCAAGCCAGCUGUAUUUUUCAUAUCGAAAAUCACUUUCGCUCUCCGGUCGGCAGUCAGCAAUUAGUUACUCUUUUUGGCCAUGUACGAGCUGAUGGAAAACUCAAGAUUCCUGCUAGUGACGACGGUCUACUUCAGCCUGUUGCUCGACAACAUCCUCCUUACAGUCGUCGUGCCGAUAAUACCGGACUAUCUCUACACCCUCGAGGGCAACUCGAGUCUCAACGGCGAGGAGGAUGAAAACGGCCGGGUGGGUUUACUGCUCAGCUCCAAGGCUUUCGUGCAGCUCUUUCUCAACCCCGCCGUUGGCAUUCUUACUGGCACUUUCGGUUACGCCAAACCUUUGUUACUUGGCAAUCUGAGCCUACUGCUGGCUGCUCUGCUGUUUGCCGUGGGAACGACGUACGAAACGCUAUUCUUGGCGCGCAGCAUUCAAGGUGUAUCAUCAGCGUGUAUCGGCGUCUCGGGAAUGUCGCUGGUGGCUUUCCAGUAUCCCGAGGAAGAUAAACGCUCGAAAGUCAUGGGCUUCGUCCUCGGCAGCAUCGCCCUGGGAGUUUUAGCUGGUUACCCCAUUGGCUCGGUACUGUACGACCUCGAGGGCAAAAUGGCGCCGUUCUUGCUCGUGGCAGCUCUCAUCGUGUUACUCAUAGGACUUCAGUUGUUCGCGUUGGACUUCGAUCCAGUGACGCAGAAGGGCGAAGGCGAACAGUCAAGCUGGAUGUACCUCUUACUCGACACUCGCAUUCUUAUAAUUGCGGGAGCCAUAUGGUUCUCAACAACACCCAUGGCUAUUUUAGAGCCUUGCUUGCCCAUCUGGCUCAGGACCCACAUCAAGGCGAAGAAAUGGCAGCUGGGCGCGGCAUUCAUCCCGGACAGCGUGGGCUACCUGGUCGGCACGAAUUUCUUCGGCAUGAUAGCCUACUACUACGGCCGGUAUAAAACGGCAGUGUUGGCAAUGCUGUUAGUAGGCUUGAGCGCAACCGUGAUACCCGCGGCGAGCAACAUGUCCCAGCUGAUCAUCCCGCAUUUAGGCCUUGGAUUGGGUAUCGGCGUGGCGGAUGCGGCGCUCGUGCCGCUGCUCGCUUCGCUGGUCGAUCAAACUGGCGGCUACGGACCAGUCUACUCCAUCCAGCAGAUUGCCGUCAGUCUGGCUUAUUCUCUAGGUCCGAUAGCGAGCGGCGAGCUGGUGCGGAGCGUCGGUUUCCCAUGGGUAAUGCGCGCUGCUGGUCUGGCGAACGUAGCCUACUGCCCACUGCUGAUUUAUCUGGCCCUGAGGCGACGCACGGAGCCAACCCUGGUGAACUCUUCGGGCCGCGAGUACGAUUCCUUCGAGAAGCCGCGCCAGUAUCAGCGCUUCUAUGACUCGGACGACAGCCUCUAAGCUUUAAUCUCGCGGCAGCCAGCGGUAAGGGACCAUUCGCAUACCGAGCACACGGUACGCAACUACCACUGCCAGCUGCGCCCCCCCCCCCCCUCCUCCCAAGAUAAUUGUAUGAUUUGCGAAUUAGAUGCUCGCUCGAGCAAAAAAUUGGCGUGUCACGCUAGCACGCGUUUCGCUUGCCUGUUUGCCUGCUAAUACCGGUGGCGUGACGUGGUACGCAUACGCUUAUCCACGCCGUCUUCUUUUAUUUUUGUUUAUUAUCACAGAAUAUUUCUGCCGCUCUCUACCAAGUCAUUAUGUAUACGCUAAUGAGCUAUUUCUUCUUUCCGCGUUUAUUUAUUCCUCUUUUUUCUCUUUUCCUGGUUUUUCUUAAAAUAUUUACGCUGUCCGUGCAUGCUUCGUGUCAAAUGCCGUGAAAAAUUAAGCCUCCUAUUACCGUUGUAUUUGUACGAGUCGUUUUGGUUUUAAAGCAAUUUCACUUCUAUUAAUCAGAGCUGUGAUAAAUUAAUCCUAGAAUUUCAAUCCAUUAUAAAUACGUAUACGUAAGGUUGUAUUUACAUUUGCCUCUUUCAUUUCAUGUAUUAGUAUUCCCUGUCGUACCAUUAAAAUUCUUUUGAACUUCGAGUAAGAACUGAAAAAUUGCUUUUAUCAUGUAUUCUAAAUGAACCAUUCUUCGUAGAAAGUAUUAACGUGUCUUAAUGUUUCAAAAAACUACAGCUGAAAUUCAAAAUUCAAUUUUCAGUUUUUUCAAAUUCAUAAAUUAUAUCUUACAAAUGUUCGAUAUUACCUCCAAUCUUCAAUCUA